AUGGACAAAGCGUCUGUGCGGCGGGUCGUGACAGAGUCGCGCGAGCUUGCACAGCGCUUGAAGCAACUAGAAAAUGUGCGGGCAAAACUUUCCGCUGGAGAGGAUGCACACGAAGCUUGCAAGCAGCUAGAGCAAGCGGAUACAGACCUGCGCUUGCAGCGCGAGCAUGUCGAAGCGGCGGUCAAUGCACGGAUCCACGGUAGGUGGCUCUCCACACUCACAGCAGCCCUUGAAGCUAAGAUUUUGCAGCACAAGCAGCAGUUCGGCAUGCAUCUGAAGCAGACACUGGAAAGUUCCAUGCAAAGCUUGUUCCUUGAACAGGACGGCGUUCAAGGGAAUGACGGCGCCGACCAAGCAGUCCUGAAUGAAGAGGGUCUGCCGUUUGUCGAUCCUGUAGAACAGUUGCCUGACUCACCGCCCGCCACGCCAGAUAUUAGUAUGCAUCUUUCGUCCGCGCCUGUCGGCAAUAUUUUAGACCGCGCGCCCGGGAGCAUUGUCCCAUUUGAGCGAUCCGAUGCAGAGCUCGGCGAGCGUGAUCGACGCGAAUGGAUGGAUGCGAUGCUUGAUAUUCUAGAAAAGGAAGAAGAAGAGGAAGAGGAGCAAAAUGCAGCCGACGCACCGCUGCUUGCGGCCAUGCCGCAACCCGAUAAGGAAGCCCCCUCGAAACUCGAGAGUUUCCGCCGUGGUUUUUUGCAUCGGCGCACGGAGACAGACAAUGCAACGCCAGCAUCGACAGAGGACAAUGCUGUGCGACCUAAGAAACACGUACGCAUUGCCGAGCAGGAGCCUGAAUCGAGCGAAGAAGAGGACGAGGUGCCGCGCGAAAAGCGUUCGCGUGCAGUGCAGUAUGGCCAACACCCUGACGAUGUUGGUGUUGAGAAAGAGGCUGCACGCAUUGUAAAUCUACUCGGCCCUCAAGUAAUCGAAGGGCAUCCCAACGCAGACCGAAUACUUGCAGAGCUCGAAGCGUCCAAUACGCGCGUGGUGCAAAAAACGCCCGAGCCAACGGCAGCAGGCCCUGCGAGACCCGCGAUUGGCGAGGCUAUUGUAGAACGCAACGAGGCCUCUUUUCAAGAACCUUUAUCGAGUGCACCACGCAAGAAAGUGAGUGCGUUUAAGCGCCGCCAACUGGCACGCCAAGAAGCCGAAGAAGAGCCUAUCCCCAAUGCGCCUACCGUAUCACAAGGCAUCCCUGCCAUUGAGCGUGCAGGUCGUGCCGAAGAAGGGCUUGCAUCGCAGCGCGCCAGCCAAGGUCUCCCUCCCCAAAUUCCGCAUGCCCGCCCGACCAAAGCGUAUGCAGAACGACUACGACAGCGGCGCGAAGCAAAUGCCCAAGAAGCCGUCGAUGGAGAAAAUGACGCGCCGCCGCUUUCUGCGACACGCAAAGUACGCUUCGGCUCGCCGACCGUAGUAGAAGCGGAGGCGAUGGACGAAGAAGAUACCAUGUCGCCGAUGGACGAGGCUGAUGACGAUGUACCGAUGCAAUACGAUUCCGAAGACUCUAUGCAAAGUGGCGAUGAUACACUAUGGGAUAGUGACGACGAGUACGAUUUAAACGAUCUUGCAUCACUGCGGCCCAGCAUGGAAGGGCAUGCAGAAGACCCCUACUGGGACGAGCAGCUGGCCAAAGAGUAUGCAGAGGCGCAAGCAAGGCUCGGUGCAAUUGCACAUCUCUCCACGCCUGCGCGCAACGACGCGAGUGCCGAGGAGUCGUAUGGGAUUGCGCCCUUAGACUCGUCCGUUGCCGACCGGGACGACACGACUGGCAAUACGGCGCGCGAGCAUACCAAACCCAACGUGUCGCGCUUCAAAGCAGCGCGCAUUGCUGGCGACGCAGUGCCGAAUCCUACCUGGCAACUCGACCACGGCGCCAAGCAGGACGAGCCUGAGGACAGUAUUUCUGGCGUGCCUGUCAUGGUGCUUCCAUCCUUAGCGCCUGUGCGUUUUGCAAAGCACGCAAACCCAGACACGCGGCAAGUCGACGUCGACGGCGAGAGCGACGAGGACGAUGACCGCUUGCAGGCAUUGAUGCGCGCACGUCUCGACAUUGCCGAGCACUACACGCCACCUACCAAGUCCGCCCUGCGCAAAGACAUACCACCCCAAGUGCAAGCGAAAAAGUAG